CGGCCCAGAUAGCCACGUCGGUCACUCGUCCGCGCUCCCGUCCCCCGUGCACCGGUUCGACACGGCACCCCACCUGCUUGAACUGACCCGCCGCCGUCCCCCGGCCCCUCCCCCUCGCCGGUCCACCGCCUCAGCUCCAAUCCCGUUCCUCGAUCGAUCCGACUCGACUGCCUGCGACCGCGGAUUCACCGGCUAGCUACCAUGAGCGACGUCUUCGAGGGCUACGAGCGGCAGUACCGCGAGAUCUCCGCGGCCCUCUCCCGCAAGUGCGCCGCCGCCUCCGCCCUCGAUGGCGAGAAGAAGCAGCAGAAGCUGUCCGAGAUCCAGGCCCACGUGCAGGAGUCGGGAUCGCUGAUCAGGAAGAUGGAUUCGGAGGCGCAGAGCCUGCCGCCGACCGUCAGGGCCGGGCUGCUGUCUAAACUGAGGCAGUACAAGUCUGAUCUCAACAACAUCAAGAGCGAGAUCAAGAGGGUCUCGGCGCCUAAUGCCCAACAGGCCACCCGGGAGGAGCUCCUCGACUCCGGCAUGCCGGAUUCACUCGGGGCGUCAUCUGAUCAGAGAGGAAGAUUGAUGAUGACAUCAGAAAGGUUAAACCAGUCUUCCGACAGAAUUAGAGAAAGCCAAAUAACAGCACUUGAUACAGAAGAAAUCGGCGUGUCAAUUCUUCAGAACCUUCAUAAUCAACGAGAGACACUGAUGCAUGCUCACAAAACAUUGCAUGGUGUGGACGACUCCAUCGGCAAAAGCAACAAGAUCCUGGCGUCCAUGUCCAAGUGGAACAAGUGGUUUGUCUAGGUUGACUUCGUGUUAUAGAAAGCUAGGAAGUAGGAAUAUAUUGGAUGACGAUUUAAACGAUGUUAGCAACCACGAGAGGCAGCCGAGACAAAUGAUAAUAAUAUACUAAGCCUCCUUUGGUUCAUAGGAAUAGGAAAAUCAUAGAAAGUGAGAUGGCGUGUAUAUAUAUUCUGUUAGAAUAAAUCCGAGGCGCUCCGUUGAUCUA